AUGACUACCGCAACCAAGCAAGUCCCCGCUACCAUGAAGGCUGUUAAACCUGUCAACCCAGUUGUCAAUCUGUAUUUGAUUGCUUAUAACUGGGCCUCCUUCGCUGGUUGGUCCUGGGUACUUGUCCAAACUAUCAGAGCUCUACUUGCUACUGGAAAUGAUUACACCAAAGUCUAUGCUGCCGUGGGUGAUCAGCUCGUCUGGGUCCAAACUGCUGCACUUCUCGAGGUUUUCCAUUCUCUCUUUGGGUUUGUCAAGUCGCCUGUUGGUACCACUACUAUGCAGGUCGCUUCACGUCUUUUGCUCGUCUGGGGUAUUUGCACCAUGUUCCCAAUCCCAGAGGUUCGCCAACACUGGGCUUUCACUACCAUGACCAUCGCCUGGAGCAUUACGGAGUGCAUCCGCUAUGCUUACUAUGCCCUUAAUCUCACCAACAUGGGUCCCUCAUGGUUAACCUGGUGCCGUUAUACUUUCUUCUAUGUCCUUUAUAUUGUUGGUGCUGGUAGCGAGGCUAUUGAGAUCUACCAGGCUCUUCCUUUUGCAAGCAAUGUCAAUCCCGCAUACUACUAUGUUUUGGCUGCUAUACUUUGCAUUUACCCUCCAGGUUUCUUUGUGAUGUAUACUCACAUGAUCGGCCAGCGUAAGCGUUAUCUUAGAUCUAUUAAGUCUAAAAAGUCAGAGUAA